ACUUGCCCAAUUCCCGACUCCCUUAGCCUCCCCCCACCCUCUCCACAAUGGGCUCCUUGCCUUCCACUCCUCCGCCACCACUCUCGCCGGAAAACCCGGCCGCCGUCGACAGGAUCUACGCCCACUUCUGCCCCCGAGACCCCGCCGCCGGCCUUUCCAACUGGCUCGAGUCCCACGACCCGUCCGACGACACGUGGCGACGCACCGGGCCAAUUCCUGGCAUCCCCGAGAACCACGUCCUCAAGGGCUCCGCCAUGGUCUCCAUCGGCAGCUCCCUUUACAUCAUCGGCGGCCGGCUUUGCCGCAAAGGACCCUAUAUCUCCGGCGCCGAUGAUUCGAUCGAGGUGGACGUCGCCGUCCGGCCGGACGUCCUCCGCCACGACACCGUCACCGGGGAGUGGUCCGCAUGCGCGCCGCUCCUCGUCCCCCGUUUCGACUUCGCGUGCAUGGCAUGCGACGGGAAAAUCUACGUAGCCGGGGGUCAGUGCGUGCUGUCCAGCGCCCGUGGGACGUCGGCGGCCGAGGUUUACGACCCCACGGACGACACGUGGGACCCGCUCCCACCCAUGAACACUUUGCGGUACAAAUGCGUAGGGGUCACGUGGCAGGGGAGGUUCCACGUCGUCGGCGGUUUCGCGGAACGUGAGAGCUUGGCCGGAGACAGGUGGCCGUCGCCGGUGGACCGGAGCUCGGCGGAGGUGUUCGAUGCCCGGCGGGGUGAGUGGGACCUCGUGCCGGGGAUGUGGCAGCUGGACGUGCCGCCCAACCAGAUCGUGGCGGUGGAGGGGCGGCUCUUCAGCUCCGGCGACUGCCUCAACACGUGGAAGGGACACAUCGAGGCCUACGACGGGAAGCUCAACAUCUGGAACAUCGUCGAGCGGUCGCACCUCCACGACCCGUCGUCGCUCGUCGUCGGAGGCGACAUGGGUGGCGGGCCGGCGGUGCAGAGGCUGUACCUCACCAUGGCUCCAAUUGGGACGCAGCUGUACUUCCUCGCCGGGUAUCGGAUGCCAGGGGACGAGUUCAGGUCGGUGUCGGUGGUGCACACGUUCGACACGGCGUCGGGGACCGGGGAGGCGUGGCGGAGCUCGGAGCCGAUGGAGGUUGAUGAGAUGAAGGAGUUGUGCAGUCACUGCUGUGUGGUGCAGCUCUCUUGAGCACUUGGUUCUCUCUCUCAAUUGAGUCUGGUAGUAGUUGAUGAGUUCUGGUUAAGGUUAUAUAGGAGGAUAAAAUUCCCACAUAAUUUCAUACCUGUGUGCUGCUGAAAUUGUGGAUGAGACUUUGUAAUCAAUUUAAUGAAUGUAAACGUAAUUAUGUAUUUGUGUAUUACUACUAGGCAAGUGAUUGUCCGACAAGGAUUUUAAGUU